AUGUUAACCUUUCAAAGAACAAAAACCUCUGUUCAUGCAGUAGACAGCAACAAUACCAAUCAAUUUGUGAAUAAUUAUAAUUAUUAUAAGGAUACCAUCCAGAAGUUCUAUGGGGAAAGAGUAGUGG